CAUGUGGGUUUGUAGGAAGAAUUUGAAAGGUUAAAUAACAUACUAUAAAAUCUGAUAUAUUCGAGAUUGGAAGUAGUUGAGUGGGAGACCCAGAACUUGUAUUUCUUUUCCUCUGGGAAGUUGUAUUAUAAAAACAUGAAAGAAGAGAAGAAAAAAAAAGAAUGCUGGUGAAGUUUGGUAUAUAUCCUCAUCCUAAUCUGGCGUACCAACGUGGGGAGAAGAUGUAACACGCGUGCAUCCUGAUCAUUAUUCUCCUCCUCCUCCUCCUCCUCCUCUUUGUUCUGCUAUUGUUGACAAUUUGUUAACUUAAGCAUGUCUUAAUUUGCUAUGUCUGAAAUCUAACUCUUUAUCACGAACUCCCUCCCCCCUGCUUUUGUUAAUAUAAGAAGAGAAAGUAGAAGAGAGAGGAAAUUAUAAUGUAUACGCGACUAACUACUUCGACAAACUACAAAAAAAAAGCAUGUAUCAAUAACAUCAUCGCUAUCAACUCCCAUCAAAACAGCAAACACAAUCCAUCCAUCCAUCCAUCUAGAACUCUCUCCUCCUACAUCCCAAGCGCGCAAAGCGCACAACUCGAACCUACCCUAUCUCCCCCCCCUCUCUUUCCUUCUCCCGUCGCAAAGAAAACGCACGUGUCUCGUAUACCUAUUUCCCCAUCCGUCCAUCCGUCCAUCCUACACGCACUCGGCUCCAUGACAUCGGCUCACCAAUCCUCCGUCGUCCCCACCUAAAAAACAGAAAGGAGAAACUCGCCCGCACGUCCCCCAGUUCAGUUCGGUUCGGUCUCGAGCUUGUCCGUUCGGUUCCAGGGGGGAGGAGGAUGAUUGAUUCCUUUCGGGACGAAAGAUCCCGAUGGUAGGGAGAAAGUGUGCCGAUGGGAAGGCUUGGGAAGGUUUGGGGGAGUGUGCGGAGGAUUAGGGCGUUUGAAGGAUUGCGAGCACGUGUGCGCGCAAUAUACGCACGGGGCAGAGUUGGGUAGGGCGGGGGUAAGAGGAGAGCAGGUCGUCACGAAGGAUGGGAGCGUGAAGGAUUUUUGGAUGGAUGGAUCGGGGGUGGGCGAGACGAGACGAGACGAGGCGAUGAUGUUAUUGUGGGUGGAUUGGGGGUUCUUGCUACAACGGUUUCGUCCCUGCUUUCUUACUCUAUUUCCGCUAAUACGCAAACAUGACAGCACUUGAAACCCCGUAAAUGUUUCUUCUCUCAAUUCAAGCGCUGUCAGCAAAGAGCCAAAAACGUUUGCGAAAACGACCACGCCUCCUUCGUAUUCGCA